AUGGUGCAUGAAAUAAAAGCGGAAGUACUGGAUAUGUUUCUCCACGGGAAAAUUGAGAGGGAAUUCGAUUUUAUGUACAACAAACAAAAUAACACAGGCGAAGUUAUUCCAACACCACCGGAGGUGGCAAUCCUUCCUAGCACGGUUCCCGGCGCCGAUGUAGGCGUCUACAGCACGGGGAUCAUCAAGAGGGGGACAGAGAUGGGGCCGUUUCCGGGUGUCUACGUGUCUCCUUGGGGCGGGGGCGGACGGGAGACGUAUACGGAAGCAUGGGAGAUAUUAAACAGUGACGGCAGCGUCCUGGCAUACCUUACAGCAGUUGGUUGCCCUGCCAACUGGCUGACGCACAUGCAGUGUGCACGUGGUGAGCACGAGCAGAACGUGGAGGCGGUACAGGUCGGCGUUAGCAUCUUCUACCGGGCCACCAAGGAUAUACCCCGAGGGAAAGAGCUGCUGGUUUGGUACGGACGGACGUACAAACUGUACAUGGGACUUCCUGUCACACGGAAUCCAGACCAGAUGGCGGCAGAUGAACAUCCGAGUCAUCGAGACACUGUCCAACCAACCACACAGGAAGUCAAUCAAAUACUCGACACAGACCGGAAGUCGUGCGCCAGGUGGCUCUGUGUCGUGUGCAAACGAGGCUUCAACUCCCGUAGCAAUCUGCGCUCGCACAUGCGCAUUCACACGCACGAGCGGCCGUUCACGUGCAAGUACUGCGCGCGCAAGUUCAGUCAGUCUUCAACGCUCAGAAAUCACAUUAGACUACAUACAGGUGAGAAGCCAUACACGUGCGUCACGUGCCGAAGUUCAUACUCCCAGCUGGCCGGUCUGCGCGCGCACCAGCGUAGCUCCGCCCACAGACCAGGGAAAAACAAACACAUCGUCGUUUAA